GCUACACGAACCACGCCCUGGAUCAAUUCCUAGAAGAUCUCAUGAAGAUCGGUAUCCCUGACACUCACAUUGCCCGUCUCGGCGGCAGAGCAAACGCGCAGGUCGCCCAUCUUGGCGUUUCGGGGAAGAAAGAGCGUGUCACCCGAUCGAAAGCUGAUUGGACUAUCAUCGACAACCUGAAGAAUUCAUCGGGACUUCACUGCGACUCUCUAGAGGACGCCAUGGACAGGUUCAUAGCCUCCAAGAUUGACUUCAAGGACGUCCUCAUGUACAUCGAGUUCGAGGAACCGAACUUCUUUGAUGCAUUAAGAACUACAACGAAUGUCAAGAUCAACUGACACGCAAAUUCGGAGAAGGGAUGGUCGCAACCCUCAUGGGGAAGAGAAUCAUUGGAUGCACAACGACUGGAGCAGCCAAGUUCGCACAAGACAUUCGUGGGGCGAAACCUGAUGUCCUU